AUGCCCUCAAUAACUCAGAAAAUCGUGUUUCCGAGCUUAAUCUCGAUUCGUGGGACGCUGCACAUUCCCCCUCCCACGCCAAGAGUCACGCCCCGGGCGCGCCGAGCGGGCCGGGAGGAGGCACGGAACUCGCGGGGCACGAGCAUCCCCGCCACUCCGCGCCCGCUCGAGCACGGGCGGCUCCAUCCGCGUGCGCGGCCCGGCGCGGCGGGCCCCCCGCCCCCAGGAGCGCGCGGGGCGCCGGCGCGGGGCCGGGCUGCCGGAGGGCCGCGCGGCCUGCGGGCGCCGGGGGCGGGCCGGCGGGGACGCGCCCCGCCGCGGGGAGGGGAAAGGAGCCCGGCUCCACUCACGCGCCCGGGGGCGGCAGCGGGGCCGUCGCAGCGUCUCUCCCGUUCAGAACUGAAAGGGGGGCGGGGGGGAAAGACCUGGCUCCUCGUUCCCUCCGGAAGCCGACGGCCGGCAGGAAGUGACGAAGGCAGAGGUGGUCCAGGUCCGUCGCUCACCGGUGCCCGCGCGUGCGGCCCCGACGCCGGGGAAAGAGCCCAGAGCCGAGCAGCCGGCCGCACGCCGCCUCCGCAGCGAGCAGCCCCCUUCCCUGGAGGUUACGGAGUGAUGGGUGACGACGGCUCUAUCGAUUACAGCGUUCACGAGGCCUGGAAUGAAGCCACCAACGUUUACUUGGUAGUGAUCCUGGUUAGCUUUGGUCUCUUCAUGUAUGCCAAGAGGAAUAAAAGGAAAAUUAUGAGGAUAUUCAGUGUGCCAUCUACAGUGGAAACUUUUUCAGAGCCCAACUUUUAUGACACAGUAAGCAAAAUUCGUUUAAGACAGCAACUGGAAAUGUAUUCCAUUUCGAGGAAGUAUGAGUGUCAGCAGCCGCAGAGCCCAGCUGACAGUGUGCAGCUCUCCUUGGAAUGAAAGCUUGGAAGAAGAGCCACGUAAGCAGUUGUUGUCCAGCACUGUGGGAGCAGGCUCCUAAUUCCACUAAAUCAUGAACAGCAUUUUUUUAAAACUUCUCUCUCCAUAAAAUCAUUUUACUUGUGACUUUUUCCCAAUUUUUUUGUGUUUUGUUGCAUCUCCAUGUCAUUUGUUACACAAAUAAAAAAUGGCUCAAAAAGCCUGAACACAAAUUGUCUGCACAUACCUAGGAAGACAGACUGUAACCAGACAUGGUGUUUUACCUGUGAAGACGCGGAUUUCUGCAGGAUACCGUGGUCAGGGAUAUAAACACGUCUCUGGAAGGGAGAAUCUGGAGCUUGUGCCACUUGGAUUUCAACAUUUCUGCACACUUAAAAAAUUAAAAUCCAGUCGUUGGAAUAACUUCCCCUUAGGUUGUAUUCUGUGAUAGAUGUAGUAUGGGUGAUGGACUGACUGGUGUUCUUAUUGCUGUUGUCACCACUCCGUAACUGAGGCAGCUAUCUUGCUUCAGCGCCUGCACAGCAGACUGUCUCUUCCACGUCAGGAAGCGUACCCAUCUCCUAACUGUGGAAGCUUUCUGUGACUGGAAUUGUUCCCCUUAAUUGUGUUCCCAGGAGUUUGUUUCCUUUUUCUUAAUUCCACAGUUUCAUUUCUAACAGAAGAGUCUUCCUUAGGCCAUAGUGGGGCCAUGCUACUGAAUAAAUAGGCACCUCUAUAACAGUGUUAGCAACUUGCUUUCGGUUCUAUGACUAUCAGUGUUGAAUGUAACUAUCUAGUUACUUAUGCUUUUUUAGUAUAAUAAGUCUCCCUGAAGAUUCUCGUAUCUUGUACCAUUUUGUAUUGUACAAUGAAAUGUUUUCCCUAAUUUUUCAUAUUUAAAUAAAAGCUGGUUGGAGGUCGUGGCAGGGAAGUUUAACUGUCCAUGUCACUGUCCAAGAAUUAGUUUUUGAAUUAAAGCUGUUCUUAAUUUUAAGAGUUAGAGUUAAUAUUUCAAGCAUUAUUUCCUUUUCCUUUUAUAAUUAUGAAGUAAAAAAUAUGAAUUUUAAAUGAAACGGUUUAGACCAAAUAAAAUCAUUCAGGGAAAUUGCAUUUACUUUUGAAAUUUAGUUAUAUCAUUCAAAAAUGUUAUGUUGUAAACGUGAAUUGUUGACCAAAUGGAAUAAUUUUUUGUUAACUUACAAUUGAGCUUGAAUGCACCGCCUAUACACAGAAUGAAAAACUGACUCAAGGAUUGUAAACAGUUACAAUUCUGGGCUGAGGGCAGCAGAGCAGCAAGGAGACAAUCUUCUUAAGCCUUGGUUUGCUCUUAGGAGAGCCACUCUGUAUUUCCCUGAGCAGAGAGUAUAAUCUGGAGCGGGAGUGCCUGCUUGUGUCACUGGUGUGGCACACUGUGGAUAAAUUACAGAAACUGACUAUCUCAGAUGAUUUGUAAAAAUAGUGUACAUAAAUAGAUACAAAUCCAGAUGAAAUUGUGAUUGUUUUUAUUUGCAUCCACUGGAUAGAGACAGUCAUAACUGAAAACUGGUAGAUCCUUGGUGAGCAUCAAACCUUGGGAAGUGAGAGAGGAUGAAUUCCUCCUCCCUUUUUCUCUGAAGCUAACUGAUGGGAAUCACACCCCCCGCUGGCAGGAACAACAGCAAGUCUGCCUUUGAAGUUUCCUCUGCUUCAACAGCUGAGCUGGGAAAGGGGGGGAAGCCCUGCAGCCACACUUCAAAGCCACACCAGCUGAUUGUCCUUCUGCCCCUAAAUCCACCAAGGAUUCGAUGGAACUGUUUUCUUUGGAAGAAAAUUGGAAUGACUAAUAAACUGGUAACUAACA